AUGCCAAAGCGAAGACAAGUUAACCGACCGCAGCCCAAUGCCCAGCACCGGCAGCGCGUCUACGCCGCCUGUCGCGAUUGCCGUCGUCGAAGACGCAAAUGCGACGGAAGCCAGCCUUGCGGCCCGUGCCAGGCCUACGGCUACGCGUGCACAUACGAUGCCGCCGAGACCUGUCCGGCGCAGUCCUCCCCGGCCCCUCCACCGCCUGUCCGUUCCCGCCACCCGCCGGAAACGGCGCAGCGUCGCGUGACCGCCGCCGAGCCGCCGCUCAUCGUCAGCCGAGCGAGGGGACGCCUGCUCAACGCCACCAGCGCCGUUGCGCUGCCUCACAUCGUCGGACAGGCGCUUUCCAUGGCGCCGCCGCCGCGUCUGCACUCGUACGCGUGGAACCUCGGCAUCCGGCCGGAGCAGCGGCCAGAGGAGGAUGACGCCAGCGGCGGCGCUGCUGCAUCGGCGUCGUCGCUGUCCGACUACCUGACCCUGGCCGAGUGCCAGACGCUGUGCGACGUCUACUUUGACGCUGUCCAUCCGCUCUUUGCCUUUUUUCCUUCUCGCGGGGCCUUUAUGCGCCGGCUGACGCAGGGCUGGGGGGCCGGUGGCGACGACAGCCGCCGGCAGCAGCCCAACUGGACCGCCGUGGUCGCGCUCGUCGCCGCGCUCGGCUCGCUUUUCGGGCCCGUGUCCGAGUCGCACCCGCGCGAGGGCGACGUGAAGCACCUCGGGCUGGCCAUUCUCGACCGGGCGCUGUCGAGCCCCGUCGCGGCCGUCGACAUGGACGCCGUCGCGGGGUGGCUCCUGCGCGCGCUCUACACGCGCCUCACCACGCGCCCGGCCGUUUCCUGCCUGGCGAGCCACACGGCCAUGCACCUGGCCGAGAUGAUGGGCCUGCACAGGGACGUGCGAGGUGACGACGACGACGCCGCCGCGUUGAACGUGGCGGCGUGGAGUGACGACGAGGAGCAGCAGCGCGAGUCCCGCCGCCGCCACAUUUGCGUCGCGCGCUUCCUCAACCUGCUGCUCGCGGCCGAGUACGGCUUGUCGAGCGUGUCGCUGCGCCACGCCCGGUACGUGGCGCCCGCACCCGUCCCCGGCGCGCAGAUUGACGUCCUGCACGCCAUGAGCGCCGUGCUCGACGCCGCCGAGGCGCGCGACGCCGCGGGCCUCGACUCGGACGACUUUGCCGCCCUGUUCCGGAGUCUGGAGGACAUGCCGCGCAGCGAUGCCACGGUGGCGCUGUUUGCCGCCGACGUAUGUCUCUGCCUGCUGCGGCGGUUCACGGCGUCUGCGCGGAGGCCCGGGCCGCAAGCCGUCGUCGCCAGCGCCGUCGCCGUCCUGCAGCGGGCGCUCGACGACGACGGCAUCCCCGCGCUGCUGGCGGCGGGCCGGACCUGGUGGAACAUGCUGAGCGUGCCGUUUCAGACCGUGUGCGUGUGCGUGGCGGCCGACGACGCGGGCAUGCUGGCGCUGCUGCCGCCGGCCAUGGCGCUGCUCCGCCGCAUCGCCGACACCUUUGGCUCGCACAUGGCCGCCGAGGCGCUCGACACGGCGCGGCAGGUUAUCACGGCCGCGAGGGGUCUUUCCGACGCCAAGCUGGCCCUAAAGGACGCCGCGCUCGCCCACGCCUUGCCAGCCGAGGACAUUGACUGGGCGAGCUUUGAUGCGGGAUUCGACAUGGGCGGUGACUGGCCGCCCGUUGUAGACUGGUUCCUCUAA